AUGGCCAACAAUAAUAGCACGGCAUGCUAUGUUACUGGCAAUUGUACGAUUAUGGAUGGGUCACAGACGAACGGCACUUUUUUUGUUUCCGGCAGCAAUGGCUACGAUCCAAAUGCACCUGUGCCGCUAUGGCACCAGAGAUUAGAACUUGGAACAAUCUGCGCUGCCGAUUCCUUGACUACUGUUAGGAUUUUAUAUCGAUGGCACAGGCUUAAGCGUCUUCGUGCGGACGAUAGAUGGAUGAUCGCAGCAGGGUUUUUUGUCACUGCAUACCUUUUAAGCCAAAUUUUCACAAAUAAAAACGGAAGUGGCUUGCAUAUACAAAAUGUAAAGAAACCAUGGUUGGAAGGGCACUGGAAGUGGCAACUUGGCUGGUCUGCGUACUAUGCUGCCAAUUCUUCCAUCAAGAUUUCUGUCUGUUUCUGCUUCAUUGAGAUCCUUCCAGUUCAUUUCAGAAAAAUGAGGUUGUGCGUCUAUGCGUUGGCUGUAUUGAUUGCGCUUCUGGGUGUCACUAUGGGAGUCGCCUGGGUAUUUCAAUGUAGCCCCUUCCUGAGCAAUUUUCGGUGGUCCGUUCAACCUGUUGUCUGUGUAAAUUGGGAUAUAUUUCGAUGGGUAUGGAUUGGAUUGAGUUUACCAAUCGAUUUUCUGCUCAUGCUUAUACCACUGCUUAUAUUGAAGAGGAGCAAUAUCCAGGGGCGUGAGCGACGGAUCCUGAAGUGGUGUUUUUUAGCUACUUUUCUGGGAACUAUCGUAUGCGCUUGUGGAAUUUACGGCGCUUACGAAACCCGCACAGCUGAAGUUUUCGAUGCAUAUUAUCAGGAGACUCCUUUCAUCAUGAUGAAUAAUAUCGAGUUGUUCAUGUAUGCGCUUGGCGCGUCCGUGCCAGUUCUUUCUCGAUAUCUAGUCGCACGAGCGGGGCCCGAAACUAGAGAUACCCAUUCGAAUUUCUCAUCUUGGGCUCGAAACGUUCCAAACUUCUUCUCCGCCGCCACCCGAGAUUCCCACGGAACCAUCGCCACGUUUGGCCAGCACAAUCAGCCUCAGGCGUUGUCCACGAUCAAUUCGAUUCAGUCUACUACUGAGGGAGCUAAUACCCCAGAUCUGCAGCUCCAGAAAUACCAUAUCACCCAUGAUCUGGAGCAACCGGCGAUGAGUGAACUUGAGAAGGGACAAACCCCGUCGGUAGAUACGCAAUACUGCAUGUCGCCAGUAAGCGAUGAUGGGCUACUUGUGCGCCACAAAAGCCGCUCUAUCGACCAAUGA